AAACUAGUGGAGGAACAUUGUUCUGCACUCAAGGAGCUCAGAGCCACUGUGGAGGAACUGAAGAAAGAGAACCAAGCCAGACCAAAGGUGGCUUUCUCAGCUGCGCUGUCAGAAUCCAAAGGACCAUUUGACACAGAUACCACCCUGGUCUACAAGCAAGUCAUCACCAACAUUGGCAACGCUUAUAGUCCAUCAACUGGCGUUUUUAAGGCUCCGGUGAGCGGAACCUACUACUUCAGAUUCACUGCCUUUUCACUCACCAACAACCAUAGAAGAGUGUCCCUGUACAAAGGUGGUCAACUCGUGGUGACUGUGACUGACGUCCAGUCAGACCAAGAUGGAGAAGACAGUUCAUCCAAUGGAGUCACGCUGCAGUUGGAGAAAGGAGAAGAGGUCUACACACAGCUGAAGGCCCAACAUCAUGUCUAUGAUGAUGGGGCUUACCACACCACCUUUACUGGCUUCCUGAUCUUCCCUUAGAAGACAGGUUAUUAACUGAUAGUAAAACCGGCCGUUGAUUAUAAAGUCAAAUAUCUGUUUUUAUUUACAGUGUUUUACUUGAUUUGAUGUUAAAAUGUCCAGUAAUUUAGAAUUUGAAAACAAUUCUUUACACAAUUAAUAUAAUCCUUUUUAUGUGAUUGCUUAUUCCCAGAGCACUCUGCAAUAAAUUUGACAUUGA